AUGAAUAAAAAAUGUGCAAGAAGUGAAUGUGGUAAAACUGUUUAUCCAAUUGAAGAACUGAAAUGUUUGGAUAAGGUGUGGCAUAAACAGUGUUUUAAGUGUACAGUUUGUGGAAUGACACUCAAUAUGAAGAAUUACAAAGGAUAUGAUAAAAUGCCUUACUGCGAACCUCAUUAUCCAAAAACAGUUGCAUCGGUAGUCGUUGAUACUCCAGAAAUGAGAAGAUUGGCUGAAAAUACGAGGUUACAAAGUCAGGUAAAGUAUCACGAAGAAUUUGAAAAAUCAAAGGGUCAAAAGAUAGAGGUCGCUGAUGAUCCUGAAGUUGCGAGACAUUUGCGUAAUACAAAAGUGCAAUCUCAGGUUUUUUUUUCAUUUUUUUGA